AUGGCGGACAAUAUCUCGGUUUCUAAUCAGGGCCUUACUGAUGCUCCCACCGAUGAGCCCCAGGUUGUCAAUCCCAAACAGGACCAGCCAUCCCUCAUAGCCAAUGAGAUUCCUCCUUCUGUUCUUCAUGGCAGUGGCUCAAUAUACCUGGAUUCCAGCAUCACCUUUGAGAAUUAUGCCUACUGGGCCAAGCGAUCCCGCGAGAUCGAGAAGAGCAUGCCAACCACCAGUGCAGGUGUCGCGUCUUUGAAAAACUUGCUGACAGGGAAGAAAACCGCACCUGCCCCAGCUCAAUCUUCUCAGGAAGUCCCUGUCACAACCGAGACCACCGAGAAGAAGAGUGAUCUUCCACCUCCGGAGGAAACCAAAACCGCCCAUGCAACUGAAAACUGGGGUAUCACCGAGUCGGAGUGGGAGCAAGCUCAGCGAGCUGUGCGAACUGCAACAUGGGGCUCCAUCUUUUACCUACUCGCCACCGAUAUCCUGGGGCCUACCAAUGUCCCAUGGGCCUUUAGUAAAAUGGGAUAUGGACCAGGCGUUGUGCUAUACACUCUCUUUGGUGCUAUGUCCUGUUACUCUGGUCUUCAACUGUGGAAGAUAUUUAUUGGCCUCGACUCAACUCGGUUCCCAAUGCGCAACUACGGUGAUGUUGCCUUCCACGUCUACGGAAGAUGGGCGCGUAUCUUCAUCAAUUGUCUGCAAUGCUUCCAAUUCCUGAUGAAUGUCACAUUGCUUAUCGAAGCAAAUGGCCAAGGUCUGGCCCAGAUGGCCCUCGGUGCCAACCAAAAGGGAUACUUAUGCUUCAUUGCUGCUCAGGCGAUCUUCAUGGCCGUUGGCUUUGCACUCGGUCAGAUCCGCACGUUGCAACGUCUUUCCUUCUUAGCCACCAUCGCUCUUUGGCUGAACGUCGUCGUCGUCGUCAUGACCAUGGUCAUCGUUCAUCAGUACCCGCCGAAUUAUGAAGCCUCAUUUACUAGCUACCAAAUCCCCAAGGGUCCCAUCACGACAAGUAGUUACUGGCCUUCAAACUCGACAAUGCAUGGCAAGAUCAAUGCUAUGAUGAAUGCAGUCUUCUCAUACGGAGGCGCAACUCUGUUCAACGAGCUCAUGGCGGAGAUGAGACGACCCUAUGAUUUCUGGAAAGGCUUCCUCAUUGGGGAAAUCUUUAUCUAUUCGAUCUACCUCAUUGUUGGCAUCGUUACUUAUAGUGCUCAGGGUCAGUUCACCUUUAAUCCUGCCUACCAGGCAAUCUUAUAUGGCAAUAUCGGAAUCAAGAUCUUUUACUCCAGUGUCCUGCAGGAUGUUUUUCACUUCCCACCACUCAGCAGUCGAACUGGCAAAUGGAUAUGGAUCAUACUGGUUCCGAUCUACUGGACACUCGCCUGGGUGAUAGCAGCGGCAAUUCCUCAAAUCAGCUACCUAGGCUCAUUUAUCGGCGCGACUUGCAUCCUUCAAUUCUCUUACACUUUCCCGCCCAUUCUCUUGGUCGGAUACAAUGUGCAGAACGAUUCAAUCCUCUCCGAUGAAGUGUUUAAUCCGCAGACUGGUCAAGUGCAGCACUUGGAUAGCGGACUCAAGCGAUGGAUCAGAGGUUACAAGAAGAAGUUCAUCUGGAACACUUUUAAUCUUAUAUACGCACUUGCUGCGUUUUCUACUGCUGGUUUGGGGAUUUGGGCUUCUGUUUGGUCUAUGAACAAGACUUUCAAGACGACUAAGUUGACGCCUUUUACCUGUGUUAAUCCCGCUGGCUAG